CCUCGGUCAAUUCGCACAUGUGGUAAGUGCAUCUUUGCAUUCAGUCAUGCUUUUCCGUUUGAUUGUUGCUUCACUACUGGUGUUGAUUGUGAUUCCGCCUGUGAUCGAUGGGAGGACAACAACCGUCUUCGAUGAUAAUGAUGAUGACGACCGUCAAUCAACAACGGAAACUACUCCGGGGGACACCACAGGGUAUAUUGAUGUAACCGACGACAAUUCUGAAUUGGAAUGGACAACCCAAUCAAUCGAAGCGAUAGCGUCAUCUCGAGUGUUGAACUGUACAGAGUGUACAUGUGGUAAUGGCGAACCCCAGGGGAAGAUCGUCGGAGGGGAUACCGCUAGAGAAAACGCCUUCCCAUGGAUGGCUGCUUUGUACUACAACAAUCGCUUCUCCUGCGGGGGGUCACUCAUCAGCGAUCGUUACAUCCUAACUGCAGCCCAUUGUGUGGUUCGCCAAGAUCCGGCACGGUUUCGCAUUCAACUGCUGGUGCACAAUCGAACUCAGCCCACCUCCCAGUCUGUGGAGCGCAGUGUGAAGGCGAUUAAAACAUUUUUCUUCAAUGGCUUCUCCAACAACAACGACAUCGGACUACUCGAGAUGACGUUUCCGGUAACGAUCAGCAGCGAUCGACUGGUGCCGAUCUGUUUGCCCCAAGCCGAUGACAAAGUGUACGAAGGUAAGACCGCAGUUGUGAUCGGUUGGGGCCGGACGGCCGUCGGUGGUUUGUCCGCUACCCUGCAACAACUGGAAGUUCCCAUCCUGUCGAAUGGACAGUGUCGACGCGCCGGUUACUGGGCGUUUAGGAUAACCAAUAAAAUGCUCUGCGCUGGUUUCAUCGAAGGUGGACGGGAUUCGUGCCAAGGGGAUAGCGGUGGACCGUUGCAAGUGUACAACAAUGACACUCAACGCUACGAACAGGUGGGAAUAGUAUCCUGGGGACGUGCCUGUGCGCAGAAGAAUUUCCCAGGCGUUUACACCCGAGUCAGCCAGUUCUUGCGCUGGAUAAACAAUAACACAAAAGAUUCGUGCCGCUGCAGCUAAGCAUUGCACCGUUGGUAACGAUAAAAUCUUAUGACCACUUUAUUUGUCACUCUAUUUGUACGAACAAUACAGUCAAUUUGAUAUGUUAAAAUAUUAUUUUUUUGUUGUUGUUUUAUUCUGUUAGACAGUAAGGACGGAAUUAGUUUCGACACCGUAACACAGAGUAAAUGCACCACAGGGAUGGAUUGGAAGAAGUUAUGAUAUGACAUAAAAUUGACCGCUUUAAACCGCUCGGGUCAGGAUCACCGAAAGCAGUGUGAUCAGUCCAAAGGAAGCGAGGGCGGGUGCGCUUCCCGGUAAAUUACGGCACUGAACCGGUGAGGGCUUUAGAUUUUUGCAGAGCGCUUCCCGGAAGUUUCGCACAGCCAGCUG